GCAGUCUACCGUGCUCUGAUUCAAUAUGACUCAAGUGAAGACGGGUCGUGAAGGUCUGGGUUGGGUACUAAUUGGGUUGAGGCGCAUUUAAUUUACGAAUGACGAAGACGACUCAAAAUUGGAGCCAAAAUUGAAGAGGAAAUCUUAGUUCUCGUGCACUAUGACGGCAAGAUCGAUGAAGACGAGUUCUUUGAUUUUCAAGAGGCAAAUAGACAAGGAAAUCUUCAUGUUGAACUUCCAUAUUGGAGAUAUAAAUACUUUAAUCUUUAUUGGAUGCGAGAGGGUGAGUGAGAUUCACAUUGGCUCAAAUCUGCGUCAAGCACGCAGCCUAAAGGUCGGAAAUUUGAGUUGUCCUAAGCACCAAGACGACUCAAGCAGAGCGUCUUCUCUUCCCGCGUCCUGAAUUGGAAACUCACUAAUAGGCUCUGCGGCGGGUUUAUGACCGAAAAAACGUCGAGAAUUGGCCCUAGGUUGCCGACUGGUACUAACUUUUCAAUUUCCAUGUUUUCCUUACACUCUGUCGAAUUUCGAACAUUUUUAAAGAUUGUUAAUUUAGUUGCAACUGUUUGGAGUAUCAGCAUAAAAUUUAUGAAUUUCAGCUAUGCAUAAACCCAGUGUUUGAGAUAUUGAAAUAAAUAGAUAAAUUUACUAAAAUAUUAGUAAAUUGCGGAAGAUUUGAAUAGAAGCCACUUGAUUUUCUUGCUUUCCAGUAUUUAAAUCGCUAAAAAAAAUCAAAGUUAGUGGUUCUUGAUCGUUAGCUGUUUUUGGUCGCUACCAGAUAAUUGUUUGCUUGAUUUUUUCUUGACUUGCCUAAUGGAAAUAUUCAUGCCUACCAUAUCUGAAGGCCUAUUAUAUCAAGCUAAUCAACAGCAGAAAUCUCUUUUUGAGUUGCGGAUUUUCAUUCGAGGCUUCAUCGUGACGUCAAAUUAAUACAUCUCGUAUAUAUGUCUCCACAUCAGUGCUUGCGGACAACUUUUCUUAAGUUCGCUUGAAGGAUUGCAUCGCAAAUUCGACAAGUGUUGGAAAGUGAUCGUUAUCGUAACGAACGGUUAACCAGGUGAAAUAGUUUCAUUUGAAAAUAUUCGUAAGUUGUUUUGCAACAAUUUGCGGCAUGCUGGUGUCAGUGCUUUCGUUUUACUUGCUUGUUGCAGGUAGCAUCAUGAGUUUGAUGCAGUUUGGAAUUCACGUUCCAGCAAAGGUAAAUUUAACAUUCGUGUAAUUUUCAUAUCCUUCUAAUUACCACCUCCAAGACAAAAGAAGAGAUAAAUAGAAAGUACUUUAGGGAUCUGGAUUUCAGUAUAUAAGUGACAAGAAGCGUGCGACGAACGAUAGCGACAAACGAGUAUCUUUUUGUCUAUUUCAUUUGCUUUCAAGUAUGGAAACAUUGUUACGUUUUUCUGGCAUCUAGUUAGCUAACUUCUACUAACAUUGGAGCUUUUUAGAAUUGGACCUAAAUUUUAAUGUUUGUGAGAAUCAAAUCAGUAAUUUGUUAUCAUCAGAUUUUUAGGCUAGUGUCUUUAUUCAAAGUUAAUAACAUUUUCACAUUUUGUUGGUGAAUGAAGUUAAUUAUUGUUAGUAACAUUUCUUUUAUCUAAAGGACCUGAGACGUGCUUUGUUGGGACAAAAUAAAGUGGAAAGUGGACAAAUUCACACCAUCAAAGGUAUCAUAAAGGCAUUUCUUCUAGAUGAUUUACAUCGACUUGCUUUGUAAUUCGAUUAUGGUAUAACUUCUACUUGAUUCACGUAGGAACAGUUUUCUUACGCUGCUUUUUCUAUUCUGGCAUUGAAGGGCUGAACAAUGAGAAAGCUUGGAGGGACUCCUCUGAAAUGAGAGACAUGGUUACAACGGCUGACAAUAUUCUUCAGAAGAUUGAAACACUGAAGGUACCAAAGCCAAGUGAGCAACUUGAAAAAGAUGACAUAGAACAGCAGAGAAUCCAUAGCUUACUCAAAAAUGGUAAAAAGGCUCUUAUCUUCAGAAAGAAAAUGAUAUCACCAAUGCAGCUUUUGAAGUUGAAAUGUCAGCAGCUUAAACUGCAAAACGCAAUUAAAGAAAAUAAACAGAAGGACAACAGUUACUCGAUUUUUGAUUUUGUUUUUGGAACUUCAAGUAAAGCCCGUGAUCAGGAGACCGAUGCCAAGGGAAAACUUGAUGCCAACAACAAAACAGAAAAUGAAACUUUGUCUUCAGGUAUGUCCAGCUUUUCUACUGCAUAUAGUUGCUUUUUGGGAAAUUUUAUGAGGCCCACUCUUGUUCUUUUCACAUCACUAUACUUUUGAUAAACUUUCCCCGGAAAAAUAAACUUCUUAUUUUCUAAGCUUUUGCGUAUACCAAAACCAAAUCUAUAUAUUGGUAUAAAAUUUUGCAACAUUGUAGAUGCAGAGAAGAAUGGAGAUCAAAUGGAAGAAAAAAGCGAAGAUACCAACUCUCACAAAUUCAUUGAAGAAAGUAAAGACCAUGAGAAAAAUACGUCUGAAGUAAGAAUGAAACGCUGGGCUUCUGGAGAGAAGAGAAAACAUAGCAAAAGUAAAGUGAGAAAGAAGGCCAGGAAUAAUUCAAAAAACCGGAGGGAACAUGACUUCAUAAAAGACCUUGAUCAGGACACCUACACCAAAUCUGAUGAUGGAUUCAACAUGAAAUAUAACAACGAAAAAGAGGAUGAUGAGGAAAUGUAUGAACCCAAUGGCAGACAAGAUUGGAAUAAGAAUGGAAAGAAAAAUAGAGAUAUAGGUGCUGACAAUGAUUUCAAGGAUGGUGAAAUGAAAAACUGGGAUGAUGAUAAUGAUGAAGAUCUUGACGAAGAUAGCGAAGAUAAUGAAGAUGAUGCUGGAUUCAACAUGAAAUACGACAACGAAGAAGAGGAUGACGAAGGAUUGUAUGAAUCCAAUGACAGAAAAGAUUGGAAUAAGAAUGGAAAGAAAAAUAGAGAUAUAGAUGCUGACAAUGAUUUCAAAGUUGGUGAAAUGGAAAACCGGGAUGAUGGUGAUGGUGAAGAUCUUGAUGAAGAUAGCGAAGAAAGUGAAGAUGAUGCUGGAUUCAACAUGAAAUACGACAACGAAGAAGAGGAUGACGAAGGAUUCUAUGAAUCCAAUGACAGACAAGAUUGGAAUAAGAAUGGAAAGAAAAAUAGAGAUAUAGAUGCUGACAAUGAUUUCAAAGUUGGUGAAAUGGAAAACCGGGAUGAUGGUGAUGGUGAAGAUCUUGAUGAAGAUAGCGAAGAAAGUGAAGAUGAUGCUGGAUUCAACAUGAAAUACGACAACGAAGAAGAGGAUGACGAAGGAUUCUAUGAAUCCAAUGACAGACAAGAUUGGAAUAAGAAUGGAAAGAAAAAUAGAGAUAUAGAUGCUGACAAUGAUUUCAAAGUUGGUGAAAUGGAAAACCGGGAUGAUGGUGAUGGUGAAGAACUUGAUGAAGAUAGCGAAGAAAGUGAAGAUGAUGCUGGAUUCAACAUGAAAUACGACAACGAAGAAGAGGAUGACGAAGGAUUCUAUGAAUCCAAUGACAGAAAAGAUUGGAAUAAGAAUGGAAAGAAAAACAGGAAUAUAGACGAUGGCAAUGAUUUCAAGGAUGGUGGAAUGAAAAACUGGGAUGGUGGUGAUGGUGAAGAACUUUAUGAAGAUAGCAAAGAAGAUGAAGAUGAUGACAAAGAUCCCUAUGAUGACAAUAGAGAUUUCGAUAAUUCAGACCAAUAUGGAGGAAGAGGUACCUUAAAUGCAGCCUAUCGUCACAAGAAGGAUAACAGAAAAGGUGGUAAGAAGAGCAAACACUUCUAUCCAAAUGAUACUAAAGGAAAAGAUAAAGAGUACGAAGAGGAUGAAAUGGGCGAUGAUGAAGAUCAAAGUGAAGAUGAUGAUGGUCAUGCUGGUAGUAAUCAUGAUCAUGAUGGUAACGAAACAGGAGAUGGCGAUCGUCAUCAUAACAAACAUGAUCAUGGUAAGAACUACAAAGACAAUGAAGAUGUUGAUGAUCACAAAAAGGAAAGUCGUUUUCAGGAAAAUGAUUUCUACAAAAAUGAUGGUGAAGAUUAUGAUUAUGAUAAAGCCAACAGUGAAGACAUCGAGCAAACUAACGAAAAAAUACGGUAUGACCAAGAUGAAGAGGUUGAAGAUGAUAAAAAGGAAAUGGAUGAUGCAGAGCAGGCUUUGGAAGACCUCGACAGAGAGAGAAAAUCCUCAGACCCGGAUAAACAAGAUGGAGAAGGAGAGGAUGAAAAUAAUAGAGACGAGACAGAAACAUCUAGAGAAGAGGAUAGCUACUUGGAUCAUGACCCUAUGAUUGAUGAUUCAGAUGAUACAGGAGAUCUUAGGCCUGAGUAUGACGAAAACUUUGACAAAAGCAAAAUACCAAAACCAGCUUGGGAUCAAGAUGAUGAUGAAUAUGAAGGAGAUGAAUCUGUUGAUGGCAUGAAUGAAUUUGCUCCUGAUGACGACUUUGACGAUGUUUCAAGUAAUGGACAGAAGAGGGAGGUGCAAGACUACGAAGAAGAAUUUGAAAAAAUGGUGGCAGAAGGCAAGAAGAAAGGUAAGCUCAAUUUUAUGCUUCUAGAUAGAAGGAAAGGCUGAGAAUUCAUUCAACGUUUUGUAAUGUUAAAAAAGGAAAAUAUUUUUGCUUAGUCAAAUGGUAUAUACAUGCUACAAUGUUGUAGCCGCAAUAGCGGCAAUAAAUAAAUACACUGGAUGUGUCGCUCCACUCAGUUUUUUAACCUCAAAAUUGCAUUUCUUAAAAACAAUUUUUAUGAUUUUUCGAUUAAAGGAAAGUAAAAAGCGAACUAGGAUAAAUCUCGAUAAAAACAGGGAUGACAACAAUUAUGAUUCACACAACUUCUCAAGAAGGGGGCAUUCUCAAUAUUCUCACAACUGAACAUUACUGAUGCCUAACCAUA